AUGUCCGUCCCUUCUUCACAAUCAACUGUCCUUCCAGCUUCUUCUCCUCUAAUAAUAACGUCAGCAUCAAACCUUACAUCAGACGAAAAGCAGAAUCUUCUUUUUGAUGUAGACCGUGCUUUAGAAAUUCCAAUGGAGGUUUUAACGAAGAGUGGUGGCCCUUCUUCAAAUGUAGUUCAAGUAGAAAGACAUAAAAAUUCCCCCAACCACACUCAUUCUUUAUCAGAAAUCGAUAGAUUAAAACGGCCAAAAGCUAUUAGAAGCUUAGUUGAAAUAGAAGCGGUUAAAAAUUAUUCAGCUCCAACAAUCACAUCUGCCGUUAAGGAAUACGCAACGUUGGAGUUAGGUCUUAGUGAACCUGCGCGCGAGCUGAAGCGCAAAGAAGUAGCGAACAUCAAAUAUAAAGUUCGCGGGCCUGCAGAAACUUAUCUUAUUGGAAAUCCAAACUUAAAAUUGGAUAUUUCGGAUUCUAUUUCUUAUUUAACGGAGCAGGGAUAUCAUAUCGAAAAGUACUGCAUCUCUCAACGGUCUAUCAGAGUCACUUCAACGAAUUCGCUAGAAUUUUUUCAUAGUGAAUUAAAGAAAACAACAUCUUCAUCACAUGGAUUGAUCGGUGCCGCUCACAAAGUUGUCAAUGUUGAAAGUGCAUCUUUUGAUUUUCGUAUCAAGAAAAUAUCCGCGUAUGGUGUUGAUGUUGAUAUUCUUGAAGAAAUCCAAAAGUUCCCAUUUCCAUUUCAACAAUUAAUCAUUAGAGAAGCCUGUGCUGUGAUGAAUAGACUUGAAAAAGAAAAAAAAGUUCCUUUUAUGAAGAAAUUUUUGAAAGAGUUGGAUAGAAAAUAUGGUGCAAAUAAAUUUACAUGUUAUUUGCAAAAAUUUGAGGAGGAGGAAAUUCGGGUUAACCAAUUAUUUAGAUUAUCUGAUGCAGAGUAUAAUUUAAUAGGUAUAUCAAAAAUUGGUAUUAGACAAACAUUACGUGAUGAGUCAAAGAAAUUUGAAUAG